AUGCUGUAUACAUCUCCUCACCCCCGCUCUUCUUGCCCCCCCCCCUCGCCUACCCUGUCCACCGCCCCCAGCGUCGUCGUCCCCACAGCCGCCCCGUCCGUGGGCGUGGAGGUGCGUGUGAGUGCGUGGCAGCAGAGGGGGAGGAGGGCAGGCGGAUUGGGGGAGGGCGCAGGGCAGGGCGGAGGGGAGCAGGUGAGUGUGCGAUGGAGAGGGGUGGCGAGCAGCAAUGACGUCUGGAGAAGUGGCAGCGAGGGCAGCAGCAGCAGCAGCAGCUGGGGCAAUGGGAGUGGCGGCAGUGGGAGCAGGCGAAGGCAGGCAGGCAGCAGCAGGUGCAGCGGUGGUGCGUGGCGUGGCGUGUGUGGUGCUGCUCGGCCCGUGCUGUGGCUGCCAGGGACGCACGGCUGUGAGAAGCGCUGCCGCACGCCAAGGGCGGGCAGGAGGGCAGUGCGCGCUGUGAGUGGUGAGGCUGGAAUGGAGCAGCAGGGGGGAGAGGUGAGUAACGAAGAAGCGGGAGAGGAGGUUGUGGGGAGGGGGUCACAGGUGGGGCAAGGCGUUGCAUUGGGGGCAUUGGAGAAGGAAAAAGGGAAGGAGGAGGGGAAGGAGAAGGAGAAGGAGGGCACGUGGGCGAGCAGCAGCCACCACGUUCUGUUCUGCUCGCAGUGUGGCUCUCCCACCAAUCUCAUUGUGCCACCUGGGGACGACAAGCCAAGGGACGUGUGCAGCAGCGAGCGGUGUGGGCGCGUGCACUACGCCAACCCCAAAGUGGUCGUCGGCGCGCUCUGCCUCUGGGAGGGCAAGGUGCUGCUGUGUAGAAGGGGCAUCCCACCGUGUGAAGGCAUGUGGGGCUUCCCUCAAGGGUUCUUGGAGCUGGGGGAGUCGUCGAGGGAGGGCGCAGAGAGGGAGGUGCGCGAGGAGGCGUGCGCAGAGGUGCGAGUGAGAAGCCUGCUGGCCGUCUACAACAUUCCCAACCAGGUGCAGAUCAUCUACCUCGCUGACCUCCUCUCGCCGCACUGCGCUGCUGGCUCCGAGACACUAGAAGCGGGUCUCUUUGAGUGGGACGAUGUUCCCUUCCCCGACCUUGCCUUCCCCACUGUGGCAUGGGCGUUGGAGCACGCGCGGCAGCAGCUGCAGCACCCACAGGCGGUCAUUCAGCCGCAGCUGAGGACCAAAGUGGUCGGCACCACUGGCAUGUUCAGCGGCUCCUAUGUGGAUGCAUAA